GUUACUUCUUUUUUUUUUUCUCUCUGUGGCAGAUUUUACUUAAAAAUAAUGCUGUUUAUUUAGCAUGUCUUGGAGACCCUCUUUUGAAGAAACCGCAGUCAUGAAUGGCUUUAACGUCCUGCUUCGCAGCAACCAAUUCAUCCUGCUGCUGCUAUUGCUCCUGCAGGUUCAGAGUCUGGGUCUGGAUAUUGAUAGUCGACCUGCUGCAGAAGUCUGUGCCACUCACGCCAUUUCACCAGGACCCAAAGGAAAAGAUGGUGAAAAAGGAGACACAGGAGAAGAAGGCAAGGAUGGCAAAAUGGGACGCAGGGGACCAAAAGGAGUUAAAGGAGAUCUGGGUGAUAUGGGACCCCAGGGCAAUAUUGGCAAGUCUGGCCCCAUUGGCAAGAAAGGUGACAAAGGGGAAAAGGGUCUGCUCGGCAUUCCUGGAGAAAAAGGCAAGGCAGGCACCAUCUGCGACUGUGGGAGAUACCGGAAAGUGGUCGGACAACUAGAUAUUAGUGUCGCUCGUCUCAAGACAUCUAUGAAGUUCAUCAAGAAUGUUAUAGCAGGGAUCCGAGAAACUGAGGAGAAAUUUUACUACAUCGUGCAGGAGGAGAAGAACUACAGGGAAUCCCUGACCCACUGCAGGAUCCGGGGAGGGAUGCUAGCCAUGCCUAAGGACGAGGCUGUUAAUACACUUAUUGCAGACUAUGUCGCCAAGAGUGGCUUCUUCCGAGUGUUCAUUGGCGUGAAUGACCUUGAGAGGGAGGGACAGCACGUGUUCACUGACAACAGCCCACUGCAGAACUACAGCAACUGGAAGGAGGGGGAGCCCAGUGACCCCUAUGGCCAUGAGGACUGUGUGGAGAUGCUGAGCUCGGGCAGGUGGAAUGACACCGAGUGCCAUCUUACCAUGUAUUUUGUCUGUGAGUUUGUCAAGAAGAAAAGAUAACUUCCCUCCCAUUACACAGUCGCUCUUUUCCUAGACUUCCCAGCAGUUCUAUCCGUCUCUGCCUCCCUAACUACACUGCCUUGCUAAGAUGACCGAAGAAUCCCUUAUCCACUAGCAGCUUCUUCUGUGUCAAUUGUGACAAUUCUGUACAUAAUGUUUGUUUGGGAUAUUGUUGGGGAUCUUUAUCUCUUUCUUCUAUUUAGCCCUCUGAUUUAAUGAAGGAAGACUCUAGAACUCCAAAGGGGAAAGGGAGUGUUAUUCCUAAAGAGCAUGUGUUAGAUAGUCCUUUUGUGAAAUUGCCCCCUUGCUAUUAAUGGCUUCAUCUUUUUUUAUAAAUGUAUUCAAGGAGACAUUUCUCACCUUCAGCAAAGAGAAUAGGGGUGGGGGGAAGCCUUCAGAAAACUCUAUAAAAGUGUUAAAGUGCGACAAGGCCCCGCCCCUUCCAACGAAUAUGUCACUCCUGGAGAGAUUUCACGGAGGCCUUUCACGCUCUGUAAGUUAACGUUGCUGGGGACGCCCUUCCUGCUAUUUUGACAUCACAGGGCUAUGCCAGGCACAGCAUUUGGAAUGUGUACAGACUCCUCAGUUACCGAGUUGGCAGCAUGCUAUCUCGAGCUGCAGAUCAAACCCCGAAGCCGUUCUCGUCUGGC